AUGGACUGUGUAGGCGGUGUGACACACUAUGGCUGGGGCAAGUUCGAACGAGAAGCCAAACACAGGCGUGAGCAGAGCAUCCCAGACGACAAGGGUAGACUGACAUUUACUCGUCCAUACUGCAUCGAGAUCGUCCCAGAAGACGAGUCUUACCCAUCAUAUGUCAACAUGAAGGAAAUCACAUAUCGCGUCAAGAAGUCUACAUAUAAGCAAGAUACGCAAUGUCCGUUGGACUACCCGUGA